AUGACCAAGACACCGACAUAUCUACGACAACAAGGUGAAGAAGACAACCAGGUAACAAGUAUUGACGAAAGGAAUGCGAUUAAGACAACCAGAUAUCUAAGACAACAAAAUUACAAGGAUUCCAAGGUUUCUAUGACAACACGUAACAAAGCAACCAAGGCAACCACUAUGAAUAUCAACGACCACACAAUUAAUUACCCAGACAACGCUGUUACCUACGACAACCCUGUUGCCUACGACAACUAUGUUGCCUACGACAACUCUGUUGCCUACGACAACUCUGUUGCCUACGACAACUCUGUUGCCUACGACAACUCUGUUGCCUACGACAACUCUGUUGCCUACGACAACUCUGUUGCAUACGACAAGGGGAAUAAGAGGAUAUAG